AUGGCUUCCUCCUCCAAGGCUGUCUCUAGGCUUCUUGCCUACAAACGGCCUGCCCUCAUCCAGAUGUCCUCCCCGUCCUCCGCCCCCCAACGAUCCACGAGCGUCAAUGUCCUGAUUCCUGCUUUCGCCUUUUCAACUUCCUCCCCUCGACCUGCUACUCCCGCCGGCCCUCCACGACAAGGCUUCCGCCUCCCGGCUCCCAAGGCUUGGGACCAGGGCGAUGAAUCCGCUCUCGACAAAGCCGGAAAAUACUUCCUUAUGACGGAGAUGCUACGGGGCAUUUAUACCAUUUUCUACCCGUUCGAAAAAGGCCCAAUCUCCCCCAGAUUCCGCGGUGAGCAUGCGCUACGCCGAUAUCCUUCUGGCGAAGAGCGCUGCAUUGCUUGCAAACUAUGCGAGGCAAUCUGCCCCGCUCUUGCAAUCACAAUCGAGGCCGAAGAACGAGAAGACGGAAGCAGACGAACCACCCGCUAUGAUAUUGAUAUGACAAAAUGUAUCUACUGUGGCUUCUGCCAGGAAAGCUGUCCAGUCGACGCUAUUGUUGAAUCCCCCAACGCCGAAUAUGCGACAGAAACAAGAGAGGAAUUGCUGUACAAUAAGGAGAAACUGCUCGCUAACGGCGACAAGUGGGAACCGGAAUUGGCCGCAGUCGCGAGAGCUGAUGCCCCCUAUAGAUAA